AAAUACCAGGUACAAAAGUUAUUUCAGUAAAAUUGCUUACAGAAGGCCAACAGAAAAAAAAACAAAACAAACAAACAAACAAACAAACAAAAAAACAAAGACAUUGGCCAAUGUGGGCAGACACACUGGAGAGUCUAAUGUAACCAGCUGUCUGUUUCUGUCUCUCUGUCCUGUUUUCCCUCUGUUAUGACUUUGGCAUACCCUUUAGCCAGAUGAAAUAAUCAGAGAAAACAUAAACUGGGGCUCAUAAAAAAUGUUGAUUGGACCAGAAAAGAGCUCUUAGAUUUAUGAUAUAUUGCUUUGGAAAAUAACAAAGGAGGGUCCAUUUAAAGUGAGUAUAAUGUUGUAAUAUAUGUAAGUGAAAAUAUUAAAUUACUUUUAAAAGUAGUAUGUUCUUCUCAAGUUAUCUAUAGAGUCUAUGGAUUCACUUUUAUUUUAUAUGGCUUAUUCAGUAUACAAAAACCUGAGAAAUGGAUUGGCUUCCUCCCCGCGUCCCUAUCAUUCCUUUAAUCUCCUUUCUAGACAUAGCUAUGUUCAUAAUUGAUUGAAGUCCUGGAGACAGACUGUAUCUAUGAAUUUGCAUAUGAAUUUGUCUCAUACCCGAGAUGAUAAAUUUUGCUGUAGCUUGUUUAUUUCAUUUAACACUUAAAAGAGAUUUGCCUAUAGUGUAUUUAUAGAGCCUGAUUAUUAAGAACAAAAUAAGUACAUACUAUUUCUUAGUAUGCAGUAUUACUCAGAUUAGCUCUUUAUUAAUUUAACCAUUUCACUGUUUAUGACAUGGCAAAGCCUUUCAUAUUACAGACAAUUCUACCAUGAAUAUUCUAGUAUGUCCAUCUUUGCAGCAGAGAAAGAACAUGACUUAAUGUAUGACAAGAUCUGGGAAAUGUGGUGGUGGUGGUGGCUGUGGUGGCUGUGGUGGUAGUGUCCUUUAUGUAUUUGCUUUAUGUAUUUGCUUUUGGCUUUUCUUUUUCUUGGCUUAUUUUAUACAUCAUAUUUUUCACUAAAUAUGACAACCAGAAGUUAUAGGCUUAGAGUCUAUAAAAAUCAUUUUUUUUUGUAUCAUCGAAGGGGAGAGGUUGUUUUUUAUUGAUAGAUCUUAUACUUACCUUUGAUUCUAGUGCUAUAGCUGUGUACAUAGAACAUGCUGGUUUUAUGCUUUUGCAGACAGGAUAAAUGGGCAUCCUAAAAUGCAGAUUUAUACCACAGUGCCAAACUAUGCUUAGUAUUGAUCUUUGGCAGAGUAAUAGAAACUAUGGCAAUGCAUUCCUAUACAAAUGUCUCUUACAUUGAGAGGAGCUGGCACUUUUUCUGGACCUAACAGACAAUUAAUUACACACCUUGAGGUCACUUGAUACUUAGGACUGCUAUCCUACUGUGCACAGCUUAUCUGUUUAAUCUGCCUCUAAGUGAUCAAUGUAACAAACAUUACUUGCCUUGGAUUUCUCAAUGUAAGCAAUUUAAGCUAAUGCACAGCUACAACCUUAAAUUAUACACUCUUCUACACCCUUGACCCAAGAGUAACACAUGUAUUAUUUGUACAUGUGUUAUGAUACUCAGAACUAUUAGGUUGAACACUGUCUUACCAAAUAAAUAUCCAUUAUAAAUGUUGAAAGCAUAUUGCUUGGUUGUAGUACUGUUGCUUAUUUAGGUCAGUUGGAGUCAGUGACUUGAUCCCUUGUAAACCUCUGUUAAAGAUUUCUGCAAAGUAUAUCCUUUAUUCCUUCCCCAUGUGGAGUUUUCUGUGCUGUUCAGUAAAAGAGGGAACAAAGCUCAUUGUUAGAAACAGAUACUCAGACAUAGACAUAGUCUUAGGCAAGCACAAAUUCAUACCCAAAAAACAGACAGGGAUGAUAAACAGGGAGAGCAAAGUAGAGAAUUCAAAUCUGGGCUCAUUCUUGGUCAAGUGACACCAAGAAGACGUGGCUUAUUGAUUUUUGGGUAAUAAGACACCCAUAUAUUAUUGGUGACUUGGGUUUAGUAUUAAUGCAUUCAGGCUGUCUAUAUUGUGGUGAAAAAUCUUUAAUACAUUACAUCUGUGAAUCUUGGAGUCUUGUGUGAAGAACGUGUGAGGCUGUAUGAGGAACAUUAAUACAUCAGUGAAGCAUUUUGGAGCACCAAGCAUGAGGGGAGAAUAGCUUGAACCCUUAUGAGCAUAUUGGGAAGAUCCCAGAGACACAGACAGAUACUCACCCAAGACAGACACAGGGACAGAUUCACAACAUUCAUGCAGGCGUAGAUCCAGACUCAUAUAACAGACAGACAGAGGACAGUGGAAGACAUGGAGGGAUCAAAUAUGGGUUCCCUCUUGGUCAAAUGAUACCAUGAGAAGUACUUUAUUGAUUUCUGUCAUUAAUGCAAAAUUGACACAUUAUUGGUGAGAUAGAUUUAUUACCAGUGCACACAAACUGAUCACAACAAACAACUAUAAUAUUGUGUGUAUAAAUAUAUAUGUAUAUAUAUAUUUAUAUGUAUAAAUAUGUGUAUUUGUAUGUAUAAGAAUAUAUACAUAUAUCUUUAAGAAUACACCCACCCCCCCCCACACACACACACACAUCAUCAUCAUCUUUGGGAAAUGUCAAGUUCACACAUCUUUAAUAGUAUUAAAUCAGCUCACUGCAAAGAGCCAGCAAAUAUUUUCUUUGUCCAUGUGUGACGUGAUUCUCACUUUUUACUGUGGCUUUUGUCACAGAGAAGAGGCUGAUUAGAAAAGGUAAAUAAAGAUAUAUGUAGUUUGUAAGAAUUUUAGGUCCCCAGCAAUGAUGUUUUUUAUGUAAUUUGUACUAACAGUUUGCAAAGGGAAACUCUUCCCCUUUGAGAGUUGAGUCAUAUCCUGUGGAUCUGAAGCAAUGGGUGGUAUUUAAACCUCACUGGUUCCUCCUACUUUCACUCUAAGUCUCUGCAGUUCAGAGCUGCAAGUGCUCGGUGCUGAGAGGGCGCUGCUCUCCCUUGGAGGUGAACAGACACUUAUGCUGUGUUUUGCGAAGACAGCCAAGUCUGGAGACACAGCUCUGCCCAGGGUGAAAGAUGAUUUGGUCGUUUCUCAAGCACUAUGCUAGAUAGCUACAGGCUGAAAAGUUUCUGCAAUUUACCACUCGUUUGUCAUAAGAAAAUAAGUACAGUUGGAAACAGUAAUGCAGAUGUCCCUUUGGCUGAUCCCGGAAUGUACCAGUUGGAUAUCACACUAAGAAGGGGUCAAAGUUUAGCUGCCCGUGAUCGAGGAGGGACAAGCGAUCCGUAUGUGAAGUUUAAAAUUGGAAGAAAAGAAGUUUUUAGAAGCAAAAUUAUCCACAAGAACCUAAAUCCUGUGUGGGAGGAAAAGGCUUGCGUGCUCAUUGACCAUCUUAGAGAGCCACUAUAUAUCAAGGUAUUUGACUAUGAUUUUGGACUGCAAGAUGACUUUAUGGGCUCAGCCUUUCUUGAUCUCACUCAGUUGGAGUUAAACAGGUCCACAGAUGUUACCCUAACUCUGAAAGACCCCCAUUAUCCUGACCAUGACCUUGGAAUCAUUUUGCUGUCAGUCAUCCUUACGCCUAAGGAAGGUGAACACAGGGAUGUGCAGAGUUCAAUACACAGCUUUCUUCCUUGGAGAAUUUGUGACAUAAAAACAAUGCUAAUGAGGAAGAGUUGGAAAAGAUCCAGUAAGGAACUCUCAGAAAAUGAAGUGUUUGGAUUUCACUUCUCUGUGCAGUCUUUCUUUUGGAGGUUUCAGACCCAAAGUUUACGCCUGUCCGACCAGCACAGGAAAUCACACCUUUGGAGAGGAAUAGUCAGCAUCACCUUGAUUGAGGGUCGAGAUCUCAAAGCAAUGGAUUCCAAUGGGUUGAGUGAUCCAUAUGUGAAGUUCCGGCUUGGCCAUCAGAAGUACAAGAGCAAGAUUAUGCCCAAAACUUUGAACCCUCAGUGGAGGGAGCAAUUUGAUUUCCAUCUCUAUGAAGAAAGAGGUGGGAUCAUGGACAUCACUGCCUGGGACAAAGAUGCUGGGAAAAGAGAUGACUUUAUUGGAAGGUGCCAGGUUGACCUGUCUUCCCUCAGUAGGGAGCAAACUCACAAGCUGGAGUUACAUCUGGAAGAGGGUGAGGGCCACCUGGUUCUGCUUGUCACUCUGACAGCCUCGGCCACAGUCUGUAUCUCUGACCUCUCUGUCAAUUCCAUGGAGGACCAGAAGGAGCGGGAAGAGAUAUUAAAGAGAUAUAGCCCACUGAGGAUAUUUAACAACCUAAAAGACGUGGGAUUUCUCCAGGUGAAAGUCAUCAGAGCAGAAGGUUUGAUGGCUGCAGAUGUCACAGGUAAAAGUGAUCCAUUUUGUGUAGUAGAACUGAACAAUGAUAGGCUGCUAACACACACUGUGUACAAAAACCUCAAUCCUGAGUGGAACAAAGUGUUCACAUUUAACAUUAAAGACAUUCAUUCAGUUCUUGAAGUGACAGUUUAUGAUGAAGAUCGUGACCGGAGUGCCGACUUUCUGGGCAGAGUCGCUAUACCAUUGCUGUCUAUUCAAAAUGGUGAACAGAAAGCCUACGUCUUGAAAAACAAGCAGCUGACAGGGCCAACAAAGGGGGUCAUCUAUCUUGAAAUAGAUGUGAUUUUUAAUGCUGUGAAAGCCAGCUUACGAACAUUAAUACCCAAAGAACGGAAGUACAUUGAAGAGGAAAACAGACUCUCUAAACAGCUGCUUCUAAGAAACUUUAUCAGAACAAAACGUUGUGUCAUAGUGCUUGUAAACGCUGCAUACUACGUUAAUAGUUGCUUUGAUUGGGAUUCGCCCCCAAGGAGUCUUGCUGCUUUUGUGCUCUUUCUCCUCAUUGUCUGGAACUUUGAGCUCUACAUGAUACCACUGCUGCUGUUGUUACUAUUGACAUGGAACUACUUCCUGAUAAUAUCCGGGAAAGACAACAGGCAACGGGACACAGUAGUGGAGGACAUGCUGGAGGACGAAGAGGAAGAAGAUGACAGAGAUGACAAGGAUGGUGAAAAGAAAGGAUUUAUAAAUAAAAUCUAUGCGAUCCAGGAAGUCUGUGUCAGUGUGCAGAACAUCCUAGAUGAAGUGGCUUCCCUUGGUGAAAGGAUAAAGAAUACUUUCAACUGGACUGUCCCCUUCUUAAGCUGGCUGGCCAUUGUAGCCCUGUGUGUGUUCACCGCCAUUCUGUACUUCAUCCCACUGAGAUACAUUGUUCUUGUUUGGGGAAUUAAUAAAUUUACAAAAAAGCUUCGGAGUCCAUAUGCAAUUGAUAACAAUGAACUACUUGACUUCCUUUCCAGAGUUCCUUCAGAUGUACAAGUGGUGCAGUACCAAGAACUGAAACCAGAUCAUUCUCAUAGCCCAUACAAAAGGAAGAAAAACAACCUUGGCUAGCCAGCUCCGAGGAAAGCAGCAUGUUUGGGAAGAUAAAAGAAAAACUCCUCCGCAGCCUCCGCAGCCCUUCCUCUCUUUCUGCUUUUUAUUUAUCCCCCCCCCCCUUUUUAAAUCAUGGUCGAGAACAUUUGUAAAUAGUGUACAAAAAGCAUACGUCUUUGAAAAGAUACUUCUACUGUAUACAGACUCAACUUGAUAAGGGAUUUUAGCUAGUGGAGUGUGAAAGCCUUGUUAGCUAUAGAUAAAAUAACAAAGUGAAAUAAAAUAAUGGUUAUAAAACUGGAAGAUAUACAUUUUUCCAAUCACAAGGGAAAGAACCGAACUAUCAGAUAAAAUGCUCAAUUAUGCUCUGGUUCACUUUCCAUAAAACGUAAAUGGCGAUUGAUCUUUAGUUUUUUUUGUAAUGUAACUAUUUCUUAUCUGAAAAGUAAUUCAUUAGCGCCUUUUUCCUGUUUAUACAUUCAAACGGGGGAAACCCCAAAGCUUGAAUAAUAGAAAUGUUGCACUUCAACUUAACAUACAUCACGACUUCCACUCCUGUGUAAAUAAAUUAUGUAUGGCUAAGGCUGAUUUUAAGCUACAGGUACAUUCCUAUCUUUUCCUGUCUGCAUACACACAUAAUCCCUUAAGAGAAUCUGAGAGUCUAUGAAUAAGACUUUUAAGCCUUCUAUCAUUCCAUCUAAAACCUUAAAAUCUCUUCAGAACUAUAUUAAAUAAAUACUGCCAGGUUUAUAAAUGAUUACCAGGAUUUUUAUAUAUACCACUGUGUUUAGCAAAUUAUCAAGCCAAUUGUCAAGAAAAAAAAAUACUAGCAAACGAAAUCCCUACCACAUUUGGUGUCAAAUUAUGCUCUUGUGCAUUAAAACAAAAACAAAACAAACAAACAAAAAACCCAUGUAUUGUUUAAGUGUCCUCUACUGAUAUACUUCAAUGCAUAAUAUGAGUUUUUUUCAUUAGUGAGUUUUAAUGGAGAGUGCAGUUGGCUAAGUGAAAGGCCAGUGUUUUCAUUAUACCACUUAUAAAGGAAGAUCAUUGAUAACGCAUGAAAACCUGUUUUGUAAAAUAAACUGCUUGUAAGGCAGUUUCCAUUAAAAAGGUUUCACUAACCACACUCUAUACUUCAACUUGCAUUCCUAAAACUAAUUCCAGGGUCUAUCAAGGGAAUAUACCUCUGCAGAGGUCAUGUGGGUGGUGAGGAUGUCUUCACUGACUUGUUAGUGGAAUCACACUCAAUGAUAAUUGCUGCAGACAAUGUUUUGCACUAUUUUAUUAAUUGCUAUUAAUAAACAACUGGGGUGAGGUGAAGGUGGGGAUUGUGCUGGAAAAUGUAGAAAAGCAGAAAUAUAUAUUUCACUUUAAAGAUUCUUUAAAUCUCAUCAGAACUGAUUUUUUAAAGUAUUUUUAUUUUAGAAAUAUGUUGUUAAAUACUAUUUCUUACAAUAAAACUAUUUUGAUGUUUAUACACUAUGCUUGGAAGAAUGUCAACUAAAUUCCCUUUCUACAGAAAGACUUUGACCUCAAUAUGUUCUAGUGUAUCAUGUUUAAAAUGACAUGUGUACAUCUGCAUUCCAUUACUGUUUGUUGCAAAUACAUACUUUAUGAAGCUGAUGUAAUACAUAGUUUAUUGAUGAGAUCAUUAGUUUGGUAUAAAUUCUGAUUAUACCUGUGAGAUUUAUUAGGUUCUGUGCAGACAAUGUCUAUUCAAAUGUCGAUAAGCCUGACAAUCUAUAACCUCAGAUAUACCUAGUGGAUGCAACCAUUAACAGAUGACUGAUUUUGUUUAUUUCAUUGUGUAAGAUUUCAGAUGUUUAAUUCAAUAGAAAUGCUGACUACAUAUUCACUGCAUUAAAUACACAAGGAAAUAAUCUUUUUAUGUAUAAUCUUUUCUUCUGAGUUAAGAGGUACAUGGUGGGGUCCUGGGUGCAUAUACUCAUUAAUGACACUUCACUUGGAGAGUGUGUGUGUGUGUGUGUGUGUGUGUAUAAACAGGGCUAUUCAUGAAACCCUAACUAUGGUACAAACUCAGUACCAUGAUGAACAUCCAAUGAAGCAGAGAAAACUAGCUGGAGUCAUGAAAGUUACCUUAAGUCUUUAUUGUUUUUAGAAAUCAAUAUAUUUAUAGGCCCCAAAAGACAAUGUCAAGUAGGAUUUUAACUUUCUUGUAUAGAAGCAUUUUUAGUGUAUGCCUUGGUUUUUCUGAUAUUUCUGAAGCAAAUAUUCCAAGUUAUCUGAAAAGACAGAAUUUAGUUCAACAGCUAUUUGCACUGCUAAAUAUAACAGAUACUAUAUUUAUGGACUAUAUUUAUAUUUACAUUCUAAAUUACAGCCAUUGUUGAAUGCUGUCCUCUGGGCAAAAGAACUGCCAUCUUCCUUAGAUCAUCUAUCUGUGCCUGCUUGUAAGUGACCAUCACAGUCAUGCUUGCAAUCGACAUCCCUUCAUGAAGAGAAAUGGGUGGAGAUGGACUCAAGGCUUGCUAUUCUAGCAAUUCCGAUGUAAUUCCGCGCUAAGUACACAUGGCCUUAAAGAAGUACUAGAGUAUAUAGGAGGGUGCAGUUGGCUUGAAAAGGAUCUGUAUCUAUGCAGCAAUGGACCAUCAUUUAGACUGGUGAAGACUUCCCAGUACAGUUGCUAUGGAGUCAUCCAUGCUCUGUAAGGAAGCCUAAUUGGUUCAUCAGGCUGAACUUCGUUGGCUAUUUUAGUUUGUUAUUGAGAUCAUAUAUGAGGGAGUAGAUGAGUUUUAAUUUCUUCCUCAAGAAUAAUGAAUUCUGCCACACCAUUAACCGGGAUAAAUCAGACAUCUAUUUUGUAACAUUUUGUUUACCCACAUGAACAAUGAACAUGCUGUUAAUAGUUUAUUUUGCUACUGUUUCAGACUCAAACUGAGAGGUUCUUGACAGGUGGGGUUAAGUGCUGAAAUGAAGCAGAGAAAACUUUUUAUCCAGGGACCACAGGAAGUUUCCACUUUGAUUUCAAAAUCCAUAGAUAUCCAAUACCAAAACCAAACUAUAACAAGCCUUAUUCAAAGGCUAUCUUUAAGUUUAUAAGCUUGUUAAGUAAGCUUAAAUGCUUACAAUGUUUUUGUAAUAGUGCUUUGGUACUCAGCUUAAAAAACUAAAGGUAUAAGGUGACUGGUAGUUUCAAAAUACAAGACAGCUUGUAUGAUACCUGUAAAAAAGACUUAGCUAUUAUUAAAUUAAUGCAUGUUCAAGUUUUGGGGUUCAGAAUGUUGCUUUUGUAUGUACAGAUGUUCAGUCACAAGUCUAAUUAAAGUAUCUAGAGUCAGCCUUUUUAACGACUGUUCAAUUGAAUUAAAAACAGCACUGUA